CUCGAAGUAGCGCGCGCUGUGAGGGUCAGACGAGCAUUGUUCAUAGUGGAGCUCACAGCGAAACUUCUAGCAGGAAAAAAGAAAGAAAGAAAGAAAGAAAGAUGCCUUCCACACGUUCACAGAGCGCCGCAGCCCAUCUUCCCGCCACCCGGAUGAGUUUGAGAAGCUUCCGCAGCGUCCCUUUGGUUACCAUGGAAACAUCAUCCUCUUCCUCCGACGACAGCUGCGACAGCUUUGGUUCUGAUGGAGGCUUUGCAAACACGAGGAGCAGCUCCCGACUGUCGAGGCAGAUGUCGGCCAAGCAGAAGGUUCUGAAGAGCACCGUGGAAGAAGAUGCUCGCACCGGCUUUGAAGAUGAGCUCAUGAACAGUCAGAUGAAAGCCAUGAAAGUCGAUCCUGACUCUCAGCCUGCGAGGUGUGGCCGCAAGUCCCGCCUCCUGAAGGUGGCCAUGAGCUUCCCGGCUAAGAAGGCGGGCUCUCAGAAGAGACCGGCAUCGGAACCCCUGGUUCCGCCUCCAGCGGUGAAGUCUGAGGAGGAAGACGAGGACAACUUCAUGGCCAAGAGAUCCCUGAAUAUUAAGGAGAACAAAGAAAUGCUUGCUAAGCUGAUGGCGGAGCUGAACAAAGUUCCUGGGCUCUUCCCGAAAACGGCCAUGUCUGCACAUGCCACGCCCCGACGAGCUCCUCGCCGUUCCGCGCCUGAAAAACAACGCCGGAACCCCGAGCGUCAGUCCCGCCCCCACACUCGCUCCCGCACGCUGGUGGAUGGGCCGCCCAGCCCCACGCCAGAGGAGGACGAGAUUGAGGACAAGUUCAGCCUGGUUCGCCGCAGCCGCUACUUUGAGGAAGUGGAGGAGGCGCCCCGUCGCCGCUCCUUCAACGGGAGCAAGGCUUUACCUCACGUGGUGCGGCCCGUGGACGAGGUGACGGAGGAAGAACUGGAGCGUAUUUGCGACAACGUGCGGGAGAAGGUGUACCACACGGUCAACGGCAGCACGUGCCAUCAGUGCCGCCAGAAAACAAUCGACACCAAAACUAACUGCCGCAAUCCAGAAUGCGUCGGCGUGAGGGGUCAAUUCUGCGGCCCGUGCCUUCGAAACCGCUACGGCGAAGAAGUACGAGAUGCUCUGCUUAAUCCGGAGUGGCGCUGCCCCCCGUGCCGGGGCAUCUGCAACUGCAGCUUCUGCCGCGCCAGAGAAGGCCGCUGCGCCACGGGAGUGUUGGUCUACCUGGCCAAAUAUCACGGCUUUGACAACGUGCACGCUUACCUGAGAAGCUUGAAGCAGGAACUGGAAGGCAUCAGCGAGUGAUCAGUGGAGUCUAACUAGCAGCAACGCUUACUGACAUCGCUCGUAUGGAUGGAUUGAUCGUUUAUUGAUCAUCUGGGACAAUUCAAUGUUGAUGAUCCUUUAUGUUUUAUUAUGGUAAAAAAAAAACUUGGGUCUGAUUCUUUAUCCCAAGGAUAAAAAUGUACAACACAAUGUAUGGAAAAAAGAACGCGUAGGAAUGCUAACAUGGACAUGCUAACCUACCACAUUUACGUCCAUGUUAGUUUUACUGCCAGAUGACGUCACAGUCUUUCAGGUUUGACCAAUCCGAUUCCUAAAUAGCAGACAUCAAUUAACUACUGAUUAAUCAUACUCGGCCAUUUUUAUUUAGUUCAAUGGGUAGCCAUCAGCUGGAAACGACUCAAUAAAAUAUUGAUUGAUGACUAUCAUAUAGAAAAUAUAUUGAUGAGCAAUAGUUACCCCUUCACAGAUUUUUAAAAAAUAUAUUAAACAAUGUUUUUAUUUUUUUUACUUUUUUCACAUUUUUUUUUACAAAAUUGUUAGACAUCAAUCUAAAAGAUUAACUCAAUUAAUCUAUGCUAGAUUUCCACUUUUGCUGAUAGUGAUAAAGUUUCAAACGUAUCGAUGUUUUUAUUAUUUAGGCUUCAGUUACAGUGAAAGAUUUUUUUUCACAUUAAAAUUAUUUUUUUUAAAUUUAUUUUUCACUUAUUUUAGAAUUUUUGUCUUUUUUUCCCGAAAAUGAUCGAAUGUGGGUAACUAAUGCGCCCGUAAAAAUGUCUCUUGUCUCCAAACCCUCCUUUAGUUUUCCAUUAAUAUUCUCUCAUUUCAGAUCAACCUUUGCGAUAAAAGUCUUAAUAAUAAAUAAUUAAUAAUUAUUGCGUUUUAUCAACUCCAGAACCCUGCCCUUCUCUCUUCAAUUGCCACUGUUCACUCGCCCUGCACGCUAGCUAGUUAAAUAAAGGUAGAGCUACGGUGCGUUUAAGGGCCCAUACAUAAUCUCAAUGCUUGACAAAAAACAUGAUCAGUGAAGCAUGAAUAUUGUAUGCUGUACAUUUUACUAGUAUUAUCAUACAUAUAUAGUAUAUGUAUAUAAACCCUGCCUGCUUUUGAAAUGUUUUUUUUUUUUUUUUUGACCAAAAGUCUGCUAAUUUGCGUUGUGUUCAGGGCUCAACUACUGUGUAACGUUUAAACUUUGAAACACUGGUUGCUUUAUUUGGUUAGGAAAAGAAUAACAUCUGUAUAUAUUAUGUAUAUUGUAUAUUAUCUUGAUAGUAAAUAGAUGUUGCACAGUACCACUGUGCUUUGCAUUGUUUUAAAUGUAGUCUUCUCCAUCUGAGCUUUGUUUACUUGCAAAUCAGCUUAAAUGUUCGAGACAUGUUAGCUUUAGCGGGAAGGGGGUGUCCUGCGGAAGGACACGUGCAGGCGGGGGUCCAAUGCGAUGUGAUGUACUGUAGCGCUCAUAUCUCCUUCAUUAGAUAACCGUCACUAAUGGCGUGGAAACAAUUAGCGCAGCCUAAUGGCGCUCAUGUACCUGUAAAUCAUCUCCCAGUUCGCUCUGGAUCAUUUUGUGCUCACGGGUGUGUUUCUGGAAGCGAGAUGACUGGACUUGAACCCGUCUGGCUGCUGGAAAUACGUCAUUGAAAUCCUCGCCGGGUCAUUUCUGGUGUACAGUAGAUGUCGACUAUUUUUCACACACACGACUUGCAGGCCGUGAAUGUGGGAUGGCGAACGUCCAGGGAUUCAUUGUGAUGCUUCUUUCCUGUGUUCGUUGUUGUUGG